ACACUAUUGCCGAUGCUCUCUCGAGGUUUCAGUUCAAACGCUUCCGAGAGGCAGCACCAGCUGCGGACCAGAACCCCACACCUAUCCCGUGCAACAUAUGGCUGAUCUGAGGCAGGAAGCCGGCAGACUCCUACAACAAUCUCUGUCUACAAAUACAUGGGCCACUUACCAAACAGGUAUCAAUGCCUUGCACCAGUUCCGGUCCACACACCAGCUACAAGAGUUUGGAUGGUGGGAUCCAGCUACAUGGCCAGGGCACGGCAGUACUUGCUCCUGAAGGGCACCAGUCCGAGCCAACCGAGGAUGCUAUGGCUGGCACGAGGGGGGAUGAGGUGGAAGGAGCUGGACACCAUUCUGGAUGCACAGGUCAAGGCGACACGGCGCACCCCCAGAGCCCUCAUCAUUCACCUGGGCUCCAACGACCUGUGCUCGGUCAAGGGCAGCCAACUCUACCUUGACAUGGUGGCAUCAAUCCUUAGGAUACAACUCCAGCUUCCUGACACCAAGAUCAUCGUAUCCUCAAUUCUGCCCAGGCGUUACUGGCACGAUGCCAGGGAUCCACUAAAGAUCGAGGGGAUGCGGAAGAAUAUCAACCGCCGACUGGCCAACCGAGUCAAAGAGCUCGGCGGUACAAUGGUGCAACAUCCCCAGAUCCUGGCAUCAGACAAGACAUGGUACGCCUGGGAGGGCGUCCACCUCAGUGACAAAGGAUUGUGUGUGUUUACGGACAAUUUAUUGCAUGCCCUGGCGCCAGUAAGGAUGUUAUCUCCACAGUAUGGUCUCCCCCUCAUCGCUACAGGGACUUGUGACCUCUGCAUUUCACAAGACUCCUUCACCAGGAUCAUCUUCCUCUUCAAUGGUACCCGUGAACAUGCAUCUUCAGCAGCAGCCACCACCACGUCCUUCAACAUCAUCAGCACCCUCGCCACCCUCGUCACCACAUGA